AUGAAACUGAUUACACGUUCCAACGAUCUUUCCGGAUUGAAGGUUUUGCUGGCAGCAGAAUAUCUCAAUAUCCCGAUCGAACUAGAAAUCACGCCAUCGGCUGAGAAACCAGUUCUUAUCAUCAACGAAGACUGUCGACUUUUCUCGUCCAACUCGGCUGUAUGGUAUCUAUUCUGUUUAAAUGGCCACAAGAAAGUUAAUCCAUCACAAGACAAAUGGAUGGAUUGGGAGAGUACAAUCCUACAACCUGAAGUGCAGGCAUUGACCAACAAACAGCCUCAUCAACUCGUCACUGUGUUAGAACAUCUUGAUAAAUCCACUCGCAACAAGUUUCUUAUUGGAAAUUCAUUAUCUGCAGCUGACGUGAUAGUGUUUAGUUCCCUACUAGAACUCUCCAACGGAAAGCUCAUGGAUAGCUACUCAACUCUAAUGAAGUGGUUCAACCAAAUGUACACAAGCGAUCAGUUUAAGGCAACAGCUUCAAAAAUGAAUUUCAAGAUCAAGGAGACACAUGCUGAACAGGCAGAAGAGGAAGAAGCAGCUAUCAGCGCAGAGGAAAUAGAAGAGGCAGUCAGAUACUGGGCCCAAAGUAACAUCCCAAAGCCAAAAACCAUCAUCCAUCCAGUGUUACCUGUUGAAGGAGAACGCAAUAUUCUGAUUACGAGCGCCUUACCUUACGUCAACAAUUUCCCCCAUUUGGGCAAUAUUAUUGGUUGUGUGCUCUCAGCUGAUGUAUUUGCUCGCUACUGCCGAUUGCGAAACUACAACACGUUGUAUAUUUGCGGAACAGACGAGUAUGGAACAGCUACGGAAACUAAAGCAUUGGAAGAAGGUUUAACUCCGCAGCAAAUUUGCGAUAAAUACUUUAAACUUCACGAUGAAGUUUACAAAUGGUUUGAUAUCAGCUUCGACCAUUUCGGACGUACUACUACCCCCAAUCAAACCAAGAUUGCUCAAGACAUUUUCUUGAAAUUACAUCACAACAAUUACUUGGUGGAGGAUACUAUGGAACAGCUGUUGUGCGAGCAUUGCAAGAUAUUUUUGGCUGAUCGGUUCGUGGAAGGCACUUGUCCCUUGUGUGGUUACGAAGAUGCCAGAGGUGAUCAGUGUGACAAAUGCGGCAAGCUGGUCAAUGCCGUUGAACUCAAGUUACCAAGAUGUAAAAUGUGUCGUCAUACUCCCGUGAUUAAGACGUCUAAGCACCUUUUCCUCAAUUUACCAAAGAUUGAGGAUAAGUUGACAAGCUGGAUGGAAAGUGUGACAGCUGGAUGGACUCAUAACGCCCGCGUCAUUGCAAAUUCCUGGGUUAAGGAAGGGUUGAAGCCACGUUGCAUAACUCGUGACUUGAAAUGGGGCACUCCUGUCCCUCUUGAAGGAUACACUGACAAGGUCUUUUACGUGUGGUUUGAUGCCCCCAUUGGGUACUUGAGCAUCACGGCUUGCUACACGGAAGAAUGGGAACGCUGGUGGAAGAAUCGCGAGCAGGUCGUCCAUUACGAAUUCAUGGCCAAGGACAAUGUUCCCUUCCAUUCCGUUGUCUUCCCUUCAUCUCAAUUGGGCACACACGACCCGUACACGCUGGUCAAUCAUCUGAUUGCCACUGAAUAUCUCAAUUACGAGGAUGGCAAGUUCUCCAAGAGUCGUGGUGUCGGGGUUUUUGGUAACAAUGCCCAGGAAACGGGCAUUCCAGCUGAUGUCUGGCGCUUUUAUCUGCUUUACGUCCGUCCGGAAUCACAAGAUUCGACUUUUUCAUGGGCUGAUUUGAUGACUAAGAACAACACUGAACUACUCAACAACCUUGGCAAUUUCGCCAACCGAGCUCUGAGUUUCCUGGAGAAGAACUACGACAGUUGUGUUCCUUCCAUGACACUGGGUCAAGAAGAAAACAUGUUGCUAGUUCGAAUCAACCGCGAACUGAAGCAAUACAUUUCUCUAUUGGAGAAUGCAAAGUUACGCGAUGCCAUCAGACCCAUCUUUAGCAUCUCACGUCUAGGCAAUCAAUUGAUGCAAGCUGCCCAGCCCUGGGUGUUGAUUAAGAGUACCAAAGAUGAAGAGAAGAAGAGGGCCGGAACAGUCAUUGGUCUAUGCGCCAACAUUAUUUGUCAAUUGUCGGUCAUGUUACUCCCGUACAUGCCAAACCUAUCUGGAAAACUUCAGGAACAAUUGGGUGUCACAUCAGACGUCAACCAUUUGAUUCCGGAAUUCACUUGUCGUCUGCCUGCCGGCCACCGGAUCGGCAAGCCUGCCCCCCUAUUCCAGAAGAUUGAACAGUCACUUAUAGACGAAUUGAAGCAAAAGUUUUCUGGCGCCCAAGUUGGAUCCGCUGCUCCUCCUCCUCCAGGGAAUCCAGCAGCUACUCCAGUGGCAAAAGAAGCAGCUUCAGACAGCCUUGAAACACCAGAAAAUCUGGCACUGAGAGUGGCCCAGCAGGGUGACAAAGUGCGCCAGUUGAAAGCUGCCAAGGCCGAGAAAUCCAUUGUUACAGCUGCCGUAGCUGAACUUUUAGAUUUGAAGAAAAGGUUGGCUACUGCGGAGGAAUCAGCCAAACAAAUCCAUCAAGCGCCAGCACCUGCAGCAACCGAGAAGCCUACGCCGUCAUCCAGCGACCUUGAAAAUCUGACCAAACAAGUUGCCGAACAGGGCGACAAAGUUCGUGGGUUGAAAACUGCCAAAGCAGACAAGGCUUCCAUCGAUGCGGCCGUAGCUGUUCUCCUGGAUUUGAAGAAACAAUUGGCUCUGGCCGAAGGUAAAGACCCCGCUGCUCCGGCCAAUCCAGCCGCCAGUAAAGGGAAGAAAAAGGGGCAACAAAAAUGAUUAAUCAAUCUGGUAUGUUGUUCCUUAUUUGGGAGAGGGGGAAAAAAAUGUUUCGAUUAAACGGGAGAGACAAUACAGACGGUCGGGAAAGACCGGUUGCAAAUUGA